GGUCCGUGUGUUCCCCACCUAACCCCACCCCCCGGAAUCCACCAUGGCCGCCGGCUCCGGCCCCGACACGGCCGCGGAGGCGCAGCCCCCGCCGCCGAUCCACCACCUGCCGCCGGACGCGCUCCACAACGUGCUGCUCCGCCUGCAGCUGCGCGACGCCGUCGUGUGCCGCCCCGUCUCGCGCCUCUUCAACGAGACCCUCUCGCCGCAGCUCCUCGCGCUGCUCCCGACCCUGCGCCUCCUCCUCCUCCGCCACCCGCGCCCCGACGGCGGCGGAUGCCUCCACGCCUUCGACCCCGCGCGCCGCACCUGGCUCCGCCUCCCCUUCGCCCACUUCCUCCCCUAUCAGUCCUUCUCCCCCGUCGCCUCCUCCACGUCGCUCCUCUACCUCUGGGUCGAGACCUCCUCCACCACCACCUCGCCCCUGGCCCUCCCGUCCACCUCCACGUCUUCGUCCUCCAAAGCCUCGCCCGUGCACCCGCCCAAAUCCCUCGCCGUCUGCAACCCCUUCGCCGGCACGUACCGCCUCUUGCCCCAGCUCGGAUCCGCCUGGGCGCGCCACGGCACCGUCCUAGCCGGCCCCGGCGGCACGGUGCUCGUCCUCACCGAGCUCGCCGCGCUGUCCUACACCCCCUCCGGAUCCAGCAAGUGGAUGAAGCAUCCCCUCUCGCUGCCGUCCAAGCCGCGGAGCCCCAUACUGGCCUCCGCCGCCGCCGCCGUCUUCGCCCUCUGCGACGUCGGCACGCCGUGGCGCAGCCAGUGGAAGCUCUUCUCCUGCCCGCUUUCCAUGCUCACCGGGGGCUGGGCCCCCGUGGAGCGAGCAGCGUGGGGAGACGUCUUCGAGAUCCUCAAGCGUCCCCGGCUCCUUGCUGGGGCCGGCGGCCGCCGGGUCCUUAUGAUCGGCGGCCUCAGGUCCUCGUUCGCCAUGGACGCGCCCUGCUCCACGGUGCUCAUACUCCGCCUAGAUCUGCAGACCAUGGAGUGGGACGAAGCUGGGCGCAUGCCGCCCAAUAUGUACCGCUGCUUCACUGGCCUCUGCGAGGCUGCUUCACAGGGCAACGCCGUGCCUGCUGCUGCUGCCGGGGGUAACAAUAAGGUCAAGGUUUUCGGAGGCGAUGGGAAGGUGUGGUUUGCUGGUAAGCGAGUGCGCGGGAAGCUUGCAAUGUGGGAGGAAGAUGAGAUGGGGAGCGGUGGCAACUGGGACUGGGUGGAUGGUGUUCCUGGUUAUGGUGAUGGUGUAUACCGUGGAUUUGUGUUCGAUGGUGGGUUCACAGCAAUUCCUUGAUGCACAUGGAGAAUGUAUCCCAGUCUGGUGCGUGACUAAGUGCCCUCAAAUUGAGGUUUGAUUUGACCCAGGACAUCUAUCUAUCGCAUGCAUGGGAUCUGUUAUGCCCACACAUUUUAUUUACAGUGUUUAGGAUGAUGAGAACUCUUUGUUGUACUUGAUUAAUGGAAAAGAUCAGUAAGAUGUUUGUUUCAGACAGUUAAAUGCUGUAGACCAUCCUUUAUUUACUUGUCAAAAACUUGAAAUAUUUGCUUUGAUAGUGUCA